AUGGCGGAGGUGAAGAUUACGACCGCUGAGAAUGGGCAUGAAUACAAAGACGAAGCAGCCAACCGACUUGCAAAGAUCUUUCGCGAUGACCCGAUCAUACGCUACAUGCUUUCCUCGCUCGACCCAACCGCCCGCGCAGCCUACAUGCAAGAAUACUUCCACACGCUCCUGAAAGCCGCCGCACUCAGCGCAGGAAUCUUCCAACAAGCCGCCUCCUGGUCCUGCAUCGCCGUCUGGCUCCCGCCGGGCUCCCGCCUCGACGGGCCCCUCACAAUCCUGCGGGCGGGUUUCAUCCCUUGCAUCCUCAAACUCGGGCUCGGAGGCGCGAAGCGGAUGUUGAUGGACUUCCAAGCGCAAGCCGACGCGCUUAAGAAACGGCACCUGAAAGGUGUGAAGAGGUUCUAUUACCUCUUCUUUAUCGGCACUGAGGAGGCGGCGCGGGAACAGGGGCUGGCCGGGAGGGUUAUUGGGCUUUGGCAGGAGCGGGCGGGGAGGGAGGGGUUGCCGAUUUGGUUGGAGGCGACGACGGAGAGGUCCAAGAGGGUUUAUGAGAGGUGUGGGUUUGCGGUUUGUGGGGAGAUUU